UGUCAACUUUCCAAAUGGACGGGGAAUGAAAGAAUUAGAGUGGAAGCAAAUGAAUGAUUACAGUAACCCCAAAAAGAUAGUAUUUGAAAUAAUAAUAGUCAACCGAAAGCUGAAGAUAUUUUUAUAACUAAAUACAAAAAGCAGUUGCCCCACAUCUAAUGUGCUCUCGUAUUUAAAGUCCAUGGAGUCAUCUUUCUCUUACAAAUAGAAGAAAACAACAACAACAAAGUGUAAGAUGGACUUUGACGAGGAGCUCAAUCUUUGUACCAAAGGUAAAAGUAUUGUUCCUUCUUCUGGAGAAGCUUCUUCAACGACGUCCCCAAGAUCUAUCAAGAAGAUGAGAAACCCUGAUCAUAGAUCCAAACCCUAUUUCCCAUUUUCCUCUCCUUAUUCUAACUCCUUGCCGGCUUUCCCUUUUUCUUUUGACCCAACGACUCAAAAUCAACAACAACAGCAACUAGGAUACGUUCCUAUUAAUCAACAGAACAACCCUACAAUACAAGGGCAAAACCAAAUGAUCUCGUUUAGUCCUCAACAGCCUCAGCAACAGCAGCAGUAUAUGUUCAAGUACUGGAGUGACACAUUGAACCUGAGCCCUAGAGGAAGAAUGAUGAUGAUGAACCAAGAAAGUGUCCUGCCUUACAGCUCAACCAAGCUGUAUAGAGGAGUCAGACAACGUCAAUGGGGAAAAUGGGUCGCAGAGAUACGUAAGCCACGGAGCAGAGCACGUCUCUGGCUUGGUACCUUUGACACAGCUGAAGAAGCUGCCAUGGCUUAUGACCUUCAAGCUUUUAAAUUGAGGGGUCAUAAUGCAACACUUAAUUUUCCCGAGCGUUUUGUGAAUAAAGAAAUUGAGCCUAAUGAUUCAACUGAUGCAUCAAGCUCUCUGCACCCGAAACAAUCCGAAACGCCACAGCCAAACGAGCCAAACGAGGGUAACUUGAAGAGCAAGGAAGUAGCGGUGAGUGAUGGUGGAGUAGAGGAAGGGAUGGCUGAGGCGUGGUUCAAUGCGGUUGCAGCGGGAUGGGGUCCUGAAAGUCCUCUUUGGGAUGAUUUAGACAAUUCUCAGUUUUCACAAAACUCGACUUCUUCUUGUCCCAUGAAGCCUUUUAUUUGAAAAAGGUCUCACAUUUUAGGUUGUAGUUUAGGGUUUAGCUCAUUAGCAUUUGGAUGGAGACAGUUUUUUGUGAUCUCCCACUCCAUACAUAGUCUAUAUCUAUAUAUAUAUAUAUAUAUAUGUGUGUACGCGUUCAUCAUUUAUGUGUGUGUGUGCCGCUGAUUAUGCUACAUAUAUAGAUGUACUAUUAGUUCAUCGAGUUUGUUUUCUGGCA